AUGGCUUCGGUACAGGUGUCCGACGGCACCGGCGCGCCCAGUAACACUGGCCAGAAUAAUAACAAUAAUUACAACACGUCCAGCUCUUCCUACGCCAAUGUACUGUUAAACAUGAAGGAACAGGGCAAGGAGGCCUCGCAGCAGCAGCAAGCCGACAGCAACAAAGAAAACAUAGGUGGCGAGUCAGUGAAAGUCGGCGGUAAAAGUAAACCGGCAACCACCGGUGCAUCGGCUACUGCGAUCAAGGAUUCCACCACCAGCAGCAUGUUCAGCAGCACAUCAACAGCGCCGACGACGACGUCGGCCGGUGGAGCUGAUGGCACCAAAGAGACGCACAAGGCUCCCGAAGCCCAAAGCUGGGCCGACGACCUUGAGGAUGAUGCCAACUUUGUUCCCGUCGUGUCGCAUCACAAACGUGAUCGUAAAGCUAAAGCUGCCGCAGCAGCAGCGGCCGCCGCUGCUGCCGCCGCUGCUGCUGCUGCUGGCCACAGCAGCGGCGGGUCCUGUAGAUCGGUGGUCGUAGAGAAAUCAUCCAGCGGCGGCGUCGCCUCCUCUGGUGGCAAUGGUAGAGGGUCCGGUCGUCGCUUUCCUGGCACCGGGUCUCAGCAGCAGCAUCAGCAGCAGCAGCUUCAGAAUAAAGGUGUAAAGACCAACGAGAGAGUCACAGAGAGCGGUCAACAGCAGCAGCAGUCAUAUACGGGGGCCGCCGCCGCGACCGCCGGUACCGGCGGUGGUUCAUAUAAGAAGGAUAACAACAAACGUAAAUCUAGUGACCGAAGUCGUGCUCAUGCGAACACGGUAGACCAAGCGGCCAAGGACGAAAAGGCGUUGGCGGCGGAAGGAGCGGACGGUGGUGUUAGUAAACAACAGCACGCCGCCGCAACCAACAGUGGGGCCGUUGUCGCUGCAUCGGCCUCUCCGUCGGACGAUGAAGAGCGUACGAAGGAGGAGUCGAAAAAGUUUAUCGAAGCGCCACUACCCAAGGUGAACGCAUGGAAGGUAACGCCAACUGUGGAACCAGCACCUAUUCCGUUGAAUGAAACACGGCCACAUGCUAAGUCAAACCCAUCGAACGCCAAACCAUCAGCAGCUGCUGCGUCUGUGGGGAGCGGUGCUGCUGCAGUCACUGUCAACACAGCUUCACACGCUUCGAUUCCGGCGGACGGCGAGAAAUCUGGUUUCGGUGCCACGGUUGGCACCGAAAAAAGCAAGCAACAGGGCGGCAAGUCUCAUGGAAAUGGUAACAACAAAACUGUUUCAAUCGAUCCAAACGUCAAGUCGGUGGCCGUGUCGGUACCAACCGGUGGUGGCCGUUCUGAUAAAAAACGCUCCAAUGCGAAGCAGUCAACGAAUUUCACGGCCAACAGUGGAGAAUGGCCCUCGCUGGGCGAGAGAAGAGCGGCCAACGAGGGGUCGAAAAAACCAAACGAACCGACGGUACAACAACAACUGCCGAUUGCUCCUGCUCCUGCUGCUGGUAGUGAUAAUCCAGCCACGGGCAAUGUGUUCAAGUCAACUGCCGGUGGAGAUUCCGAUUUGAGUGGCCCUUCCCACCACCCACCGGCAGCACAGCAUAGUCGUCCACCACACAGUGGAGCUCGUGGAGCGUUAGCGACCGGCACCGGGGAGGAACUAAACGGUAGUGCGGCGGGAGCACAAACAAACCGCAAAGGCCCCAAACCGAAAUGGGUACCGCUGGAAAUUGAGUUGCCAAAAUCGCGUGUCAGACGAGAGCGAACGCCCAGGCAUCGGCCAUUUGAAGAGAAUGGGCCGACCGGAUGGCGCCAAGAGGCUCCAGCGCACUCUCAUCAGCAACCGCAGCCUCAGCAGCAGCAGCAGCAGCAGCAGCCGCAGCAACAUCAGCCGCAGCAACAUCAGCAGCCGCAGCAACAUCCGCUUCCGACGCGUGGUGCAGCGGGUCUGGCGAAUCGUGUCAAUAACCGGAUAAGAUCGGCACGCGGCGGUGGCCCUCCGCCGACCUAUCGUGGACGAGGCAGCGGGCGAAUUUCACGUGGUGGCGCAAUCGGUGGAUACAGACGGGGUGUUCCGGUGCGUUCCGGUGGCGGUAUGGGUGGUCGAUUGUUGGGUGACCGCGUCUUAUCGGUGGCUGGAGGGGGCGGCGUCGGCGGAGGCGGUGUGGCUGUCGUUGUUGGUGCCGAAAAUGGUGCCGGGCUGGAGUGCGGAUUUCAGGAUUUCGGUGCGAUGAACACCAAAAUCGGAUCCGACCAAGCAGCGUUUAUCAUGCCUUACCUGAGCACGUUCUACUACAAUGGUUCGCCGUUGAUCGGAAUGGACCAGCUGAGUAUCAAGGAGUGUAUAAAGACCCAGAUAGAAUAUUACUUCAGCGAAGAUAAUCUGAACCGAGAUUUCUACCUAAGGCGAAAGAUGGACAGCGAAGGGUUUCUUCCGGUGACACUGAUCGCCUCAUUCCACCGGAUACAGGCACUGACGGCAGACAUCAGUAUCAUUAUCGAAGCAAUCAAGGAAUCGGAUAAGUUGGAGCUUGUGGAGGACUAUAAAGUGCGCACAAGCACCGAACCGACCAAGUGGCCUAUCGAUCCAGCGAUCACGCUCGUGAAUGGUGGUUUCGGAUUCAAUGCCACGAAACACCCACUAGACCAUCAGCAGCAAGAUACACUGAAGCCACCAGCACAGCCACAGGAUGCAAACGAAACACAUUCGGAAAAGCAGCAGCAGCAGCAGCCUGCUCAGCAACCGAAAGGGCAGCAACCACAGGCGGAUACGUUGACCGUUAAAACUGCUACCAACAAAGCGACUUCUCUCAACACAGGCAACACCGGUAGUGAGGCUACCGCGACGGAUACCGUUCCCCGUAUGCAGAUGGUAUCGAAAAUUCUGUCUAGCAUCCCGCCGCCCCCAUUGCCGCGCAAUAUACGCAAUCCCAUCGCCAAGCCCGUGAAAGCCGUUCCGCUAAUGAUCCCAACCGUAAACGUGGCACCGAUGGUACAACCGUGCUCGGUGAAAGAGGUGGUCACCAAGCUGGCAAAGAAGCCCGCCAACGAAACACCCAUCGCUGUUACGUCCGUCGGUGUCGGUAGCGGCGAGGAGAAUCUGAACCCCUACGUUGCGGAGUUUGUUCCGGCAUCGGCCAGUGCAGCGAACGCGACGGCAUUGGCAAAAAAUAAGGAGCGUUCGGGAAACGCCAAAAAGAGCGGUGAGCAACCGGCCGUGAAGAAGGGCGCCGAAAAAGCGGCAGGAAAAACGGUUGAAUCGAAAGGAGGAAAGGAGCAGAGCGCCGGCGGUGGCAACCCCAAGCCUAGCGCUGGCAAUAGCGGGGCUUCUGCUGGCGAAACUGCGGCUGCCGAAAGCACGGAAGAAGCCGAUAAAGACCAGCAGCAGCAGCAGCAGCAGCCGCAUGAGGCAGCUUUGUGGAAGGAGGUCAAGAGACGAUCGCGAUCGGCACAACCGCAUCAGCAGCAGCAGCAGCAAUCGCAGCAACCGCAGACUAAACAUAGCAGCGGUGCUGUGAGCAGUGACUUAGCAGGCGGUGAAAGUAAAUCGACCACCAACAAGCAGCCAAAGAAAGGCGGAGCACAGGGUGGGGCAUCGGUGGUCGCGGCGGCGGUGGCCGGAUCAGCUCAACCAGAGCCGGCCGGCGACAACGCAACGGCGGAGAACGCUGGUGGCAGCGGGGAAAAAACUCAACUGGGAGUCACGGUGCCGUCCUCCGAGGAGCGAGAAGAAUUAGACUUCCAGUUCGAUGAAGAACUUGACAUACCACGGGGCUGUGGUGGGCGCGUUAAUCACUUUACCGACAAUUGGUCCGAUGACGAGGACGAGUCGGACUACGAGAUACCGGAUACCGAAAUCAAUAAGCUGCUCAUCGUGACACAGGUUACCGCGGCCCAUCGUGCACCGAAGCACGAUGGGUACGAUCGUACCGGUGACUUUACGACACGCACCAAAAUCACCCAAGAUCUCGAGCGUAUCAUCAACGACGGACUGCACAACUACGAGGAGGAUCUGUUGACGACCGAUACGGGACGGCGUGGAGGGGUCGGUGGGCACCGCUCGUACCGUUCGGUCAAUCUGAUAACGCAGGAAGAGUUCGACAAGAUCGUACCGAAGCUGACGGCAAAGGACGUGCCGGAGCCGGCACCGGCGGUAGCGGGGCUUGUUACGCCGCCGCCACCGCCACCGGCACCACCGUCCACCUUCGUGGACACGGAGCAUCGGCUGGGGCUGGAGUCGGGCCUGUUGUCGGGGCUGGAUGUGAGUGACCUGAACGCGAGCACGGCUUCGGCCAGCAACCGGCAUAAGGCGCGCUUUUUCGCCGUCAACAAGGAUGACUUUGUGGAUCCGAUAACGCCGCGCAAGCGCAAGACUCGCCACCUGAACAAUCCGCCCGUCGAGAGCCACGUCGGCUGGGUGCUGGACGCCGUGGAGCACCGACCGCGCACGACGAGCAUCGGCAGCUCGGCCGGCACCAGCCCGACGGCCUCGAGCUACGGGUCGCUGCCGCACAGUUUGCCCGUCUUCCAGCACCCGUCGCACGCGCUGCUGAAGGAGAACGGAUUCACGCAGCAAGUGUACCACAAGUACCACAGCCGGUGCCUGAAGGAGCGCAAGCGCAUGGGCCCCGGCCAGUCGCAGGAGAUGAACACGCUGUUCCGCUUCUGGUCGUUCUUUUUGCGCGAAAACUUCAACAAAAACAUGUACAACGAGUUCCGCCAGCUGGCCAUCGACGACGCGUCGUCCGGCUUCCGGUACGGGUUGGAGUGUCUGUUUCGGUUCUACUCGUACGGGUUGGAGAAAAAGUUCCGCCCGCAGCUGUACGAAGACUUUCAGCAGGAAACGAUGGUUGACUACGAAAAUGGACAACUGUAUGGCUUGGAGAAGUUCUGGGCAUUUCAAAAGUACUACAAAAAUGCUGCCAAACUGACGGUCGACGGCAAGCUGAAGGAGUUUUUGGCCAAGUUCAAGUCGAUCGAGGACUUCCGCGUGCUGGAACCCCAAAUCAACGAAAUGCUGGAGGGCGUGGGCAACCUUAAAUCGCGCCCCGCCAAACGCCGACCACGCAGCGUUUCGGAGAGUGAAGGUGUCGCGGUGGUGGUAGGCUCGGCGCCUGGUCCAUCGUACGCCAGUAGUGGUAGUGGGUAUUCGACGGCGCCAGGCACCGGCAUCCGUCGCAUAGCAGUGGCGGGUCCAUCGGGGUACAACAACCCUGUCAAUGCUAACUACGGAAACCGCAAACGAUGCGAUUCAACGGGGAACAAAACGGUAGAAGUUUCUAACCGGUUGCGCACUAGAACGGGUUCGUUCGGUGACACGACCCAGGGGCCGCGACGUCGCAGUGGUUCGGCCGGCAAUCGGAUUGUUCGGGCAUACACCAAUACCGGCUCCAGCCAACGUUCACUGGUGGCCAGUGGUGGCAACGUUGGUACACACGUUGCCGGUGGCAGCGGCAGCACCAGCGGCACAGGAGGUACACACAGUAAACACCACUACUCAGCAGCUGCUGGUGGUGGCAGUAAGCUGAAACCGGCACUAUCUUACAAAACGGCAGUUCAAAGUAACCAUAGCAACCAAUCAGCAGCAGCAGCAGCAGGAAAUAGUGGUCAAAGUCCCGUCAACCAACCCAGUGACAGUAAUGUGAAAGAUCGUGGCCCCAGUAAGAGUGGUGGGGCACCGGGGGAACAGAAACAAUCCACGUCCAGUUCGAAAUAGCAGCGGUGACAGGAAGCAUGCUAAAGGAUAUUAAAUGUCUCCGUGUGUCGUCAAGGAUGUUUCUAACUUAUAAAGGCAAAACACGGCGCUACAUGGCACACGCAAAUAAAAGCAAAAAGGGCCGAAUGUUAUGCCUCCGUGGUGUGUUGCUAAGCUUCGGAAACAAUACGACACCGCCAUUCGAACAUGGGUCACCCCUUCAGUUGUACAGCUUUCCCAAUGCCUACUUCGCUGACUACUACCGACGGGGUGGGCACAGUGUGCGUUGUGUUAAUGAUCGUACAGGCAUUAGGAUUCAGCAAAACUAAUGGCUCCAAAACAAUGUUCACGGGGCGUGUUAAUGUGCUCUUGAAAACUGAUGUUUUCUUUGGUUUAUCUUUGAUGUUCUGCUCACUGCCUUCACGUGUAAACAUUAGUGUGAAAUGUGAACAACAAAAAACAAAACAACCAAUAGAUUCCUAGUAUGUGCGCCAGAUGAUCUGCGACCGCAGAAACCUGACUAUUGCGAACCACUACGGAAUGCAGACGCUACUAGAGCGUUGCACGGCGGGGGAACCGUUAGUGUUCCUUUUGCUGGCCUCUGUGCGGGAUUGUCCCGUUAUGCGGCCACAUAAAUGGACAGUUUUCUGUUACAAGCUAAUUGAUUUGUUUCAUUCAGGAUUUUUUCGUCGUUGUAAGCUUAAUUUUAUAUCUUUAUUCUUUUUUGUGGGAUUAUUGAAUUUAAUGUUCGAUAAACGAAGUUACUAGACGCAUAAGGAACGACACACUACUAAGCGAUGAAAUACGCACCCUCUUAGGGUAUAAGCGCAAAAUAAUACUAGAAUAAUAAUAAAAAAACAGAAAAAUUACAAAAAAAGUGUAAAACAUAAAAGGAGGCAAAGUGGAUAAAUGUACGCGAAACAAAAAAAUAUGUCGAAAAAAUCGUUGCUAGCCGCGCAGAAGUUAGAAAUGAUCAAGAGAGAGAGAGAGAUGGAGAGAACGUCAGGUUAUAAACGAAACAAUUGCAGCAUCGCAAUUAAUCAAACCUAUACACAUGGAACUUUUGUAAAUACUAUCCUUUAUAUCAACCAGUUUACAUAAAAAUAAUCUGUAAGACGAUUUUCGGGCGAGUUUCAAUGUUUCUGAAUUUGU